ACACCUUCCUUCACGCAAUCGCAUCAACGCUGCUCUUGACUUGCCUUCACCACUACCGCAAGACUGCAAGACGUCAAUCUCACGACGAUCCUUGUCGGCAGCAUUUCUCCCUUUUGCCUAACACACUACAAUCACCAAGUCCUCUCCGCCAUGGCAUCCUCGCAAUCGCGAGCUAGCCAGCCCCUGAUUCUUGUUCGUUCCAGCGUAAACAUAGAUGAGACGUAUCGGGUACCGCACAUCGUUCGUCCAGGAGAGACGCUCUCCUCCACUAGCCUAGUCAGUCGAUCAGGUGGUAAAGGUGCCAACGUCAGCGCAGCUCUGGGACUGCAGGGGGCCCAGGUGUAUUUGUGUGGUGCUGUUGGCAAGGAUGCGGAUUGGCCUGUGGAGGAGCUGGAAAGGAGGGGUGUCAAGAGCGAUGCGGUCUUGAGGUUGGACAGGGUGCCAACUGGCAGGGCGAUCAUCCAGAUCGCAGAUGAUGGCGAGAACAGCAUCAGCGUGCUACUCCCCGGAGCCAACUUUCACAGAGAAGCGGCUUCCACCUCCGACCCCGCGACAGCAUUUAAAGCUUUGCCUCGUCCACCCACGCAUCUGGUGCUGCAGAACGAGAUUCCUUUGGAGCACACCAAAGCGUUCUUGUCACACGCUCAUGCGCAAGGUGUCACGACGAUCUUCAAUCCUUCGCCAAUGCUCAUUCAGGAAAAGGUGCGAGACUUUGCUUGGGAUGAACUGAACGUGCUGAUCGUCAACGAAGGAGAAGGUGCAGAUCUGCUCGAAGCUUUCGGCGUCAGGGUUCCCGAAGGACCGCAAGCGGUGCUCGAUGCUCUGAACGAUCUGAAGCAGCUAGCAAAGCUAGACUGGAUCGUCCUGACGAGAGGUUCAAAGGGUGUCAUUGCGAGGGUCAGGCUGUCGGAUUCUCGCGAGAACGAACGUGCAGUGCUGGACAAGCCGUCGGUCAAGCCAAAGGAAGUCAAGGACACCACUGGAGCUGGGGACACGUUCGCUGGGAACCUCAUUCAUACUCUUGCUCAACAUCAAGCCAGCGAACAGACGACCAAGCUGCUCAAGCGUAAAGAUGCGGAACACGUGCUGGAAUGGGCUGUCACAGCUGCCUCGAUGGCUGUAGAAGUAGAGGGCGCACUGGAAAGCAUACCCAAAAGGCAAGAGGUGCAACAUAGAUGGGAGCAAGCAUGGUCUCAACAGUGAUAUCGCACCGCACGCAAACUCUUUGAUGAAAUGCAUUCAUUGCGUACUCGGUACCACAGAUUUGCUGAG